UCAAGCCAUUGCCGAGCUUUCUCCUUGGGAAUGCUUGCAGCUUCUGGUCUGAGGCUAACCUGCAGUGUUGGGUUGACACGCCGCGUUUACUGAAGGACUGGAGCAUUGGCGGUAGCCGAACCAACGUGGCCUGAUCGGGGAUUGGCGGUGGCUGGAGGAGGCGUGGUAAUCUCAAAUCCGCUCGUGCAUUGGCCGAGGUUUGAAGAGGACAGACAUGGACGACGUUCGUUCCAUUGCCACUCUGGACUCCCAAGGCUCGAAAACUUUCAGUUUCAGAGGUCUGGAGGGACGGAGUGGUCAGUCUCCUGACACGGAGAGUCAGGAGACUGUGAAGAGCUACACCUUCUUCACCAGAAGGGACCCUUCAGUGGAUCCCAGGGAGGAUGACGAGGAGUCUGAAGGCCCCCUGAGAGAGCAGGACCUGAAGGGGACCUACAUCCAGCUUGUCCAAGGGGUGCAGGAGUGGCAGGAUGGCAGUGUCUACAGAGGGGAGUUCGGACUCAACAUGAAGCUUGGAUACGGCGAGUUCUCUUGGCCCACGGGCGAGACCUACCGUGGGCAGUUUUACCGGGACCAUUGCCAUGGCGUGGGCACCUACACAUGGCCAGAUGGCUCCAGCUUCACAGGCAUGUUUUACCUCAGCCAACGAGAAGGCUAUGGCACCAUGUACACGAAAACAAAGUUGUUUCAGGGACUGUAUAAAGAGGACCAACGGUUCGGGCCCGGCAUUGAGACCUACCCCGACGGCAGCCAGGAUGUUGGAUUGUGGUUCCGUGAGCACCUCCUCAAGCUGGGGACAGAGGUUCCUGGCAGCUUCUCCUUGAUGAACUACCCAGAAUUCUUAGACUUCCUCAUAAGCUCCAGGCAGAGAAUCAGCCUUUCGGAUGAGCAGAAGACGGAGCAGGGUCUUCCCGAGGAGCAGGACCCCUUCUUCUAUGAAUAUAAACGGUUUCUCCUGAACGAUGACCUAACGCUGCCUCCUGAGAUGCAUGUCUAUUCGACUGACAACGACCACCUGCCCAUGACAGGUUCCCUGCGCAAGGAGCUGGAUGACCGCAUCUUCCUGAAUGAGAUCCCUCCAUUCAUUGAAGAUGAAGAACCCUGGCUUAUAACAAAUGAGACUCCUUUGUUGGUCAAAAUCCAGAAGCAAACUUACAAGUUCAGGAACAAGAGUGCUCACACUAGCUGGAACAUAGCCGCGAUCCUGGAGGGAAAGCGCAGCUCCUUUGGGCCCAGUGGCCCCAAGGAGCAUAUUUCCAGGGAGAUGAUCCUGAAGGCGGAGGAAGGGGACUACAACUGGAUUUUUGGAAUCCUGAGGGACAACCUCGCUUGUGCUGACGUGGCUGACUCCAAGGGCUACACCGUGCUUGCUGCUGCCGCGGUGCAUUCUCACCGUAACAUCGUCAACCUCCUUCUGGAUUAUGGGGCCGACGUAAACAAGUGCUCGGAUGAGGGCCUCACUGCCCUCAGCAUGUGCUUCCUCCACUACUACCCCAGCAAAUCCUUCCAGCCCAAUGUUGCCGAGAGGACCCUUCCCCAGGAACAUCCCAAAUCCUCAGUCACCCCCAAAAUUUCAUUCUUGUUUGGAGAGUCAAAUGUGGAUUAUUUCUACGAUAUGGGCAUGUCCACCCCAGGCGGAGAGGAUUUUAAGUCAUCCCCGCCCCUCUCAAGCAUCCUGGAUGAUGUCCUGAUCCCGGGUACCGCACAAUCCCGGGACUCCAUCAGCUGGAGGAGCAGUGUGGUUCAGAAGCGAGACACCCUCUCCAUGAAGAGCGCCAGCAGUGACCUGGAGAAAGAGUCGGAGGACACGUUAGAAAAUGACGCCAGCACUGUUCACAGCCUCGACACAAACUUCGAGUCCAACAUGUGCCUGCGAAACUACUCUAUCCACGUAUCGAAGGACAUCCUGGAGAAGAGUGCCCAGGCCUACAGUUCACUGCUGCACGUCCCCUCCCUCUCAGACAAAGGGACUGUGAGGAAAAUGGCACAGACCAUGGCUGAGCGUAAAAACCGCUGGCUGACCAUCAUGCUGCUGCUGCGUAGAGGAGCUGAUCCCAACCUAUGUCAAGUGCCAAUGCAGGCCCUGUUUCUCGCCGUGAAGGCCGGGGAUGUGGAUGGGGUGAGGCUGUUGUUGGAGAGUGGGGCCCGGACUGAUAUCCAGUAUCCUCCACAGCUGCAGUCUCUGACCCCGCUCCACAUCGCAGCCUCGCUUCCUGGGGAGGAGGGCGUCAAGAUCACGGAGCUGCUGCUCCACGCCAUCACUGACGUGGAUGCCAAGGCGGCUGACGAGGACGACGUCUACAAAGCUGGCAAGGUUGACCUCCCGCCCUCAAGCCUGAAGCUCAACAAUGAGCCAGGCCCACCCCAAAGCUACUACACCGUGCACACAUUAGUCCCGGAGGAGGGUGGACGCACGGCUCUGCAUGUGGCCUGUGAGCGAGAGGACAACAAGAAGUGUGCCAGGGACAUAGUCCGGCUCCUUCUCUCACACAGAGCGAAUCCAAACAUGCUGUGGAGCGGCCACUCCCCGCUCUCCCUGUCCAUUGCCAGUGGGAAUGACCUGGUUGUGAAGGAGCUCCUGUCCCAGGGAGCUGACCCCAACUUGCCUCUGACCAAAGGCUUGGGCACUGCCCUAUGCGUUGUAUGUGACCUGGCCUAUGAGCAACUGAGGAGCACCGAGAACAAGAUUGCCCUGAUUGACCGGCUGAUUAGCUACGGGGCAGAUGUUCUGAAACCUGUGUUGCUUGUGCAAGGUGACAGGAUGGCAGUGGGGACAGCUGUGGACUAUGGCUACUUCAAAUUCUACCAGGACCGGAAGAUCGCCCACUGUCCCUUCCAUGCUCUGAUGCCAGCAGAGCGGGAGAUAUUCAUGGCCCGGAAAAGGCUGCUAGAAUAUAUGGGUGUGCAGUUGAGGCGUGCCGUCCUUUGCAAAGAGAAUCAGCUGGACACGAAGGCGCUGUACCUGAGCAAACGGGCGGAGCUGUCUACCAGUCACAGGAUGAAGAAGAGGAGCUCCAGCGUGCCUAAAACCCCAGCCACAGAAAAGCAGCACCUUGCCUUUUACAAGUUUUGCUACCAGUGUGGUCGCUCCAUUGGGGUCCGCCUCACACCCUGUCCCCGCUGCUAUGGGAUCCUGACCUGCAGCAAGUAUUGCAAGACCAAGGCCUGGGCUGACUUCCAUAAAAAGGACUGCAAUGACGUCAUGAUCUUGAGGAGGAAGGGCUUCCUGCCCCCACUGAACGAAAGGCAUGUGUAUGUGCCCACCCAUGUCCAGCUCAAAAAGAAAAAGUGUGUCUGGUUCGAGGAUUCCAAGCAGAACAAAGUGUCCACAAAGUGGAGAACCUGCUGGAGUGUUUGACACAGUGCUCCAUCGGCAGGCACCAGCGAGCACCCGCUUAUUCAGCUCUCCCCACAGGGCUCUACCGAGCCUCGCCCUCAAUCCAUGGCUGUCUAUCCUGACCACUUGAGGAGAGAGGACUGAUUGUACUCCUUCCCACUCCCAGGGAAGAAUCUGGGCCACUUGGCAUCAGAGCUUCCCAGGACUUGCAAAGAGGCAGAAAGUGAAGACGCAGCUGCCACUCUGGGCCUGGACACUGCAGGGACCCUUGGGUAGGGUCUAAUACGCAACAGGAGCUUCACCGAGGACCCUUCCUUUUGGGAGAUGUUUGUGUCUCCUUGUGAUGUGUGGUCGAGCAGCGUUUGUGGGUUAGGGCUCUGCU